AUGGCGCAAUAUCAAGUAAUGCCACCGGAAAAAUUCACGUUCAAGGCAGAAGACUGGCCCAAAUGGAUAAAACGCUUUGAGAGGUUUCACAUCGCAUCAGGUUUGGAAACUCAAACGGAGGAGAACCAAGUGAAUGCACUAAUCUACAGUAUGGGAGAAGAGGCGGAGGACAUUUUGGUUUCCCUACACCUCACCUCAGAACAAAUGAGUGAGUACUACAGAGUCACGCAGAGACUGGAUGCUCACUUUGUAGCUCGGAGAAAUAUAAUUUUUGAAAGAGCUAAGUUUAAUCAGCGGCAGCAAGAGAUGGGCGAGUCGGCAGACAGCUUUAUCACCGCGCUUCAUUGUUUAGCUGAACACUGUGGAUAUGGACAACUACACGAUGAGAUGGUCAGAGAUAGACUUGUAGUUGGACUUCGAGACAAGCGUUUGUCAGAACUGUUGCAACUGGAUCCAGAGCUUACAUUAGAAAAAGCAGUUACAAAGGCUAAACAGAGUGAAAUGGUCAAGAAACAACAAGAAAUGCUGAAAACAAACUUCAAGGGAGACGUCGUUAAUACUCAACUUGAUAGUGUACGCAUCAAACCACAAGGGGGCGCCAGACCCAAACAAAACAAAAUGCAGCUGAAACCAGGAUUUUCCACCAAAGCCAAACCAUGCACAAGAUGUGGAGACACAAAAGGUCACGCUUAUCAGCAAUGCCCUAAGGAUGCCUCAUGCAAUAAUUGCAAAAAGAAGGGACAUUUUGCUAGAAUGUGCAGCUCCAAGAAAAUGUAUGAGGUCAAUCUAGAAAGAUCAGAGGAUUUUUCUUCAGAGGAUAUUUCAUUUUUGGGUUCAGUGGCUUGUGAAUCUUCAGAUCCGUGGAUGACAGAAAUAGAAAUGGACAAGUCUAACGCUGUGUUUAAAAUUGACACAGGCGCGGAUGUGACAGCAGUUCCAGCUGGCAUGUAUGUAAAAGGACAAUUCAAUGAACUAAAGCAAACCAGAAAAGUGCUGAUGGGGCCAGGCAGGUCGCAGUUAAAGGUUAAAGGCAAGUUUUCGGCGACUCUCAAAAGAAAAGACAAAAGCAUAAUGGAGGACAUUUAUGUGGUUGAAGGACUAAGUACAGCUUUACUGAGCAGACAAGCAGCCACUGCAUUACAGCUAGUGGCUAGGCUUGAUACAGCUACUUUGGACAAUAAAGAGACAAUCAAGCAGGAAUUUCUGGAGCUAUUCACAGGGCUUGGAAUUAUGAAAGGAGAAUACCAUAUUGUACUUAAACCGGAAGCACAACCAUUCUCCGUCUCAACUCCACAACGCAUUUCUAUCCCUUUACUGCCAAAGGUUAAAGAGGAACUUUCUCGUAUGGAGCAACAAGGAGUCAUCUCCAAGGUGGAGCAGCCUACAGAAUGGUGUGCACCUAUGGUGGUGGUUCCCAAGCCCGCACGUGGACGAGUGAGAAUAUGUUCAGACCUCACUCAACUAAAUAAGUCUGUUUUGAGAGAAAGGCACCAGCUACCUUCAGUUGAAAACAUGCUUGGACAGCUUUCAGGUGCCAAGGUAUUUUCAAAACUAGAUGCCAAUGCAGGUUUCUGGCAGAUUCCUCUUUCAAAAGACUCAUCACUGCUCACAACCUUUAUCACUCCUUUCGGUCGCUAUUGCUACAAUCGACUGUGCUUUGGACUAUCUUCAGCACCAGAACACUUUCAGAAAUGCAUGCAGCAAAUCCUGGAAGGCCUGGAGGGAGUAGUGUGUCAGAUGGAUGACGUCCUCAUCUGGGGAGUGGAUCAGAAAGAGCACGACAAAAGACUAAGGGAAGCUCUCACAUGUCUACGGGACGCGGGCGUGACACUUAAUGAUAAGUGUGAAUUUUCAAAGACUAAAAUCAAGUUCCUGGGUCAGAUCAUUCAGGCAACUGGAGUUAGCCCCGACCCAGAGAAAUUAAAUGCAGUAAAAGCCAUGAAGGAACCAACCAACAUUUCCGAGGUGAGAAGAUUUCCGGGAAUGGCAAAUCACCUGAGAAAGUUUUUGCCACACUUAGCAGAAAAGACACGUCCACUCAGAGAUCUGUUAAGAAAAACGAACAUGUGGUCAUGGGUACCUCAACAGAUUCAGGCUUUUGAAAGCAUAAAAAUAGACUUGACAACACCUCCUGGGCUGGCAUUGUAUGAUCCUUCAGCUGAUACGCUAGUCUCAGCAGAUUCAUCUUCUUAUGGACUGGGUGCUGUAUUGUUACAGAAAACGAGCACUAUGGACUGGAAACCAGUGGCAUAUGCAUCACGCGCAUUGAGCACCACGGAGCAGCGCUACGCGCAAAUUAAGAAGGAAGCGCUAGCCACAACGUGGGCAUGUGAGAGGUUUGCAGAGUUUUUGAUUGGAAAGGACUUUCACAUUCAAACUGACCACAAACCUCUAGUCCCUCUACUGGGCGCGAGAAAUCUGGACGAACUACCUCCACGUAUACAACGCCUGAAAAUGCGUCUCAUGAGAUUUUCAUUCACCAUAUCCCAUGUGGCCGCAACAGCUGAUGUUCUAUCAAGAGCACCGGUGACGUCUUCGGAGGAAAGACUACGUGAGGAAGAGAUCAACCUCUACGCCGACACCGUAGUGGACAGCCUCCCUGCAACUGAGAAGAGACUUAAAGAGAUUCAGUCUCAUCAGGACAAAGAUGACAUUUUGCAGCAGCUUAAGCAGUUCUGUGUGAACUGA